AUGUCUCUCUCUUCUUUCUCUACAAUGCCCACAGCCAAGCUCCGCUUCAAAACCCUACCCACUUCCACUACAAUCACACCCUUAACUCUGCACUCUCCAUUUCUCCCUUCUUUCCGACUCCCCAAGCAUAAACCCCUUUCAAUCCUCCGCAUCUCAACAUCUCCCGCUAUCUCUGCCUCACUUGAAGCUGGAGUCGGAAUAAUGGCAACCAAACUUGGAAUGAUGAGUUUCUUUGAAGAUUCAGGAACAGUGGUGCCUGUUACUGUUGUAGGUUUUCGCGAAGGAAAUAUUAUUACUCAAAUUAAAACUGAAGCUACUGAUGGAUAUAGUGCUGUACAAGUUGGGUAUCGACGAGUUCGUGAUAGAAAACUAACUAAACCUGAAAUGGGUCAUCUUGAAAAAUCUGGGAUUAUUCCUCUCCGUCAUUUGCAGGAGUUUCGUCUUCAGUCUGUUGAUGGAUUUGAAGUUACACAGAAACUUGAUUUUAAUGAACUCUUUAAAGAAGGUGAUUUGGUCGAUGUCGCUGGUACAACCAUUGGAAAAGGAUUUCAAGGUGGUAUUAAGAGGCAUAAUUUCAAGAGGGGUCAAAUGACUCACGGAUCAAAGAGUCAUAGACAACUAGGAUCAAUUGGUGCUGGGACAACCCCAGGGCGCGUAUAUAAGGGCAAGAAAAUGCCUGGACGAAUGGGAGGCACCAAGACAAAGAUUAGAAAGCUCAAGAUUGUCAAGAUCGAUGAUGAACUCAAGAUUCUAAUGAUCAAAGGAGCUCUUCCUGGUAAGCCUGGAAAUCUUUUGCGAAUAGCUCCGGCCAAGAUUGUAGGCAAAAACAUUCCCAAGAACUAAUUUUUUUUUUUCUCUCUUCUCAACUCUAUGAAGUGAUGUAAUUUAUUCUUUUAAAUUAUGAUACUGCCUUCUCUC